AUGGUGCUGCUUACCAUGACCGCCUCCAUGGUGGAGAGCCUUGGUCAUAUCGCUCCAGGGCCAGAGCUGUGUUCCGAUGAAGCCUCGCCGUCCCUCGAUCAGCCUGCUGUCGGCAAGCCCAUCGCUCACAGCCAGAUCAUAAAUCUGUGGAAGCAGCUCAAGACAUGCGCAGAUGCUCCAUCAAUAAGCCUCGAGAAGCUCCUCGUCGGCGCAGUGGUGUACAUCCCACCUCCACCUCCCAAGCCGGAACCGACACCGCAGUUCAAGGCCCUGAUGGCCCGCCUACGACGCGAGGAGGAAGACCGAGUGUACCAGCGCAUGCUGAACCCGCACAGCGACCACCACAACACAACAAACGGGUACGCCCAGGCCGGUCCUGCCCAGCGAGCUUUUGCCGCCGUCAACCAGCCUCACACGGCGGCCGACACGGGCGAUAACGACGCCACGUACAACGAUGUGCACCGCCAGCUCCUCCUGCUCAUCAACUUUCUCGUCAGCAUCAUCGGCGUCGCUGCCACGCUGUGGAUCGCCGCCCGGUGGUGGAGUGUGCCCGCGCGGCUGUUCCUUACAAUGGGCGGCAGUCUGGUCGUGGCUGUUGCCGAGGUGGCCGUUUACUCCAUUUACGUGUGGAGACUGGAGGAUUCAAAGCACAAGGAGGAAGAGGUCAAAGAAACGAAGGAGGUGGCGGAGACGUGGACUGUCGAGCCACGGGCGCAAGAGCACAAUGAACCUGUCUCAGUGGAUGCUAAGAAUACGGAUGGCAUGAGGAAACGAGUGACUACGGUGAAAGAGGAAGAUUGA